GUAUUGAAUUUGAGGUUAUCGUUCGAUCGCUUCGCUUCCUUUUUUACGAUUUUAAAAUUUAUUUAUUUUACUUACUUUUUGCGAUAGAAAAUAAUAUCCAUUCCUUAAAAAUAGUUAAAGUUCAUGUUUGUUCACCUGAAAAUGUGAAUCUGGAUACUGAUUUAGGUCUUGGCUAAUAUUCGUAAAUAUACAAAGUAAAUAAACAAUAACGUUUACAAUGGAGGGCAAAAAGAUCAGCUUCGGCUUUAAGAUGACAAAGAAGGCUGUGAAACCCGUUAUUGAGGAGAAGAAAGAGUUCAUAGAAUGCUUAGAAGAACAAGCUAUCAAAAUAAUAGGUGGAGAAGUGAUAGAAGAAAAAGCACCUCUGAUAAUUCCAAUGAAGCCAAACACCCUCAUAACUGCUGAAAGACUGAAGCAAAUUGCGGAAGAAGUGGAGAGUGCGGUACAGGAACCACUGACAGCUGAUGUAAAGUCUGAAGUGACCGUCAAAGAAGAGCCGAUGGAUGAAGCAGAAACACUAGACCAGAUGGCUGUUCGGGAACUUCUUCAGGAGGCAAAAAAGACUGUCAAGGUUGAAAAAACAGAGUUAACUGUCCCCAUACCGGCUUUGCCAAAGUUAGACGGUCAGAAAGAGUCCACCCUGGAUGACUAUGAAUCAGUACCAAUUCAAGAUUUUGGAUUGGCAAUGCUGAGAGGUAUGGGCUGGGCACCUGGCAAAGAACAGGCCAAAUUCAAGGAGCCUCAACUACGUCCCAAAGGCUUGGGUCUGGGCGCGGACAAAAUGGUGAAGCAGAAUCAGAAGAAAGCGGCCGGCAAAGGAGAGGAGGAACUCACUAUUGUUAAAAAUGCCUUUGUCAAGAUCACAUCGGGCAAAUACAGUGGAUUUUAUGGAAAGGUGGUGAGUCUGGAUGAAGACAACGGGCGGGUGAUGGUGGACAUCUCGGUGAAGAAGGAGACGGUGAGCCUCAGCGAGUUCAUGAUGCAGCCCGUCUCCAAGUUAGAGUUUGACAAGUCCUCCAGGGUUAUCAAUGCAGACAAAUACGAAGAGUACAAGAACAACGAGCCACAGAGAAGCACAUCCCGACGGGAGUCACCUCGGCCAGACAGAGACAGCGCUUCCAAGUCGAAUGUAGCGAGGAAAGAGGACAGGAGACAUGAUGACAUAGACAAAGAAAGUAGGAGGAAAAGAGACAGCCCAAACGGCAGAGGAAGGGAAGAGAGAAGAAGACGGGACUCUUCUAGCAGCGAAGAUAGGUCUCGACAAAGGAAACAGGAAAAGAAGAAAUACAGUAGUAAUGAUUCCCUAAGCUCAAUAUCGGAUUCCGAAAAAAAGCGCCGACAUUAUAAAGAAAAAAAACGCCACAGCUCAGAGUCGGAUAGCUCAGAUUCAUACAAAAAAGUGAAGAGCAAAAAGCAUAGGAAUAAGUCCCCAGAUGGAAAGAGAGAUAUAGAUAAAAAGAGAAAAGGGAAGAAGAAGAAGCGGGAUCGUGACCGGUCACCUAACUAUAAGAAGCAUAGAAAGUAAGUUUACUUUUUAAUAAAAUCAUUCGUUUGAUACAAUCAAA